UUUAAUCUUCAAAACCCCCCGAUGCCUGAAGUUAUAUUUAUUUAAAGAUGUAUUUUUUUAAAGGGCCGUUCCUGCGUGUUAGAAAUGUAGUGAAUGGCCAGUACACGAAGGGUUAAAUGCUUACAGGAAGUUCAUCCCUGGCGUGUAUAAAGACGCUUCCUGUGCUAAUUUUGUGAGAAACAUGUAUUGAAACAUUAAUGGCUUGACGGUAUAUACAGAUACAAGACUCAAAUAAGCAGCAGCACAAGAUGAACUACGUACCAGGGACGGCAAGCCUCAUUGACGACAUCGAUAAGAAGCACCUGGUGCUGCUCCGAGAUGGAAGAACAUUGAUUGGUUACCUGAGAAGCAUUGAUCAGUUUGCCAAUUUAGUUUUUCACCAGACAGUUGAGCGCAUUCACGUGGGAAAAAAGUUUGGUGACAUCCCCAGAGGAAUAUUCAUCGUGAGAGGAGAAAAUGUGGUGCUGCUUGGAGAGAUAGACAUGGAUAAGCCCUGUGACACGGUGCUGCAGCAAGUCUCCAUUGAAGAGAUCUUGGAGGAGCAGCGGCUGCAGCAGCAAGCCAAACAGGAGACAGAGAAAGUCAAAAUGCAGGUCCUGAAGGACAGAGGCCUGUCCAUACCCAAAGCUGACAACCUAGAUGAAUACUAACAGCCUAGUUGCCGUGGGCCUCUUUCUCAGUUGGCAUUGGACUGACAAGUUUGAAGUUGAACCUGAGAGCUCAUGGGAGCCUGACUUUUUGUUUUUAAGUGGGGAGAACAUACCAUUAUGAGUCAAUCUACUGUGAUGUACUGUAUUGAUUUAAUUUGAGUUUUGUAAGGGGGGUGUCAAGUCAAAGUUUAAAAAAAAACAACUUUUUUUUUCUCUCUGAACUCAAUAUGUUGACCAUUAAGAAUCAAUAGCACUUUGUAUUCUUUCAUCAUGUGGCGAAUGUUUAAAUAAUGUGGAACUGCUAUUGAGAGGGGGGGGGGAGACUAUGUGCUUUGCCCCAUUAAAGAGUUUAAUUUUU